AGGGGAAAGCCAGAGAUGCGCUGUCGCCGUGGCCCGAAAAAAGAUCCAUCUCUUCGUUUUCUGUGGCAGGCCCCGGUCGUGAGCAUCAGAUCGGCCGCGGCAGCUCGCCGGAGCUCCGGCAGGCGGCGUCGGGGAGCCCGGGAACGUGCCCGAGGUGCCCCCACGGUGAAUCCGCCCCGCCCCUGCCGCGCUAGGUCCGCCCCUGUAAGCCAUGGUCAUGAGGGGCCGGCCGUGCUUGCUUGCCGUGGCGCUUGUCGCCGCCGCUUGGAUCUCCGACGCGUCAGUGUCGCCUGUGCAGGCAGCAGCCAGAAAUCUGUCAAUUGCAUGUCUUGCUCCAGGACAUGCGUUGGUCGUGCGCAUCUUGAUGACUUAACUGAAAUGCCUGAUUCUGCCGAUUUGUGCCAGCAACUUGCUGAUGACCUUGAUGUGCCUAUGCUUUCAAAAUUGCACCGGCAACUGGUUGGUGAAGGUUCCCACCGCCGUUUAGUCUAUUCUAUUGAAUUUGGUAACUGCAAAGAUGCUACGGUAAAAUUCGUUGAUGACUAUGAUAGCAAUCUGGUGAUAAUUGAGAAGCUCCCGAGUGGGGUAUUUGCUGACCCAUUUGAGCUACAGCAUUUUGUUGAGCGGAAAGUUUUUCUUGAUGUUGCUGUUUUUGGAGACACAAACCUUGAACUGCCCUCAGCUCUGUCCAACCAAUCAGCUGUUGAGAUUCAUCUUGAUCUCAAGCCAAGCGCAUCAGUGAACUGUAGAUUUGUGGUAGAGCUUCCUCUCCAUGCUAGAUACCCGCCUCUCGAUGCCAGCGGUUACUCAACGGUUGAGUUCUCCAGCCCGUACCUGCUCAUCCGUUACCGAAAAAAGGGAAUCCACCCCGAUUCCUGUGUGUGGGCACUCAAGGAUCUCGAUGCUGCGCCCCUGGAGAAAGCCACAUGGCGCAUACCCUGCGGAGACGAAGCGCACACAGGAUUCGUGUCCAGCAUCACUUUCCUUUCGGCUCUGGUUUGCUCCAUGUCCAUAGUCCUAGCAGCCUUCCUAGUUUCUUGAUACAAGCUCCAAAGCGCAAGACAGUAUUUGCUGCAUUGUUGUUCUAUAAUAUCUACUUCAAAUGUCAGCCAGAAAGAAAAAAACAAUUUUCUCAGACCUCCGCACUUCAUUUCCCCUUGUGCCGCCAAGCAAAGAAAAAUAUUACCCCUUCAAGGAAGCUGCUGCAGUUUUCGUAUUCGUCAGGUGCUUGCUCACUCGAACAGAAGCCACACUAUUUCAUGAUAUAUCAUCAUCUUAGAGGAAGCCAAGCUGACUGCAAAGAUUUGUGUCAACCUUCUGGCACACUGCACAAACAACUGGCAGAGGAAUGCUUUCAAGAGAAAAGAAGAACCUGGCAGCAGAAGAAGAACCAUACAGGAAAAAAAGAAAAGGUCUAUUUGAUGGCUGCAACUUGUGCUCAGUCUAUUAUGCAGAGGGGAUAAAACCUCACUGUUUCUGCUGAAAAUCGGUGUAUAUCUUUGGACAGCGAUUAUUAUGCAGACCGGCCGCUGAUUCGGAAAAUUGGUGGUCUGAAAUUGGGCUUCGUUUUUUUCUUUUUUUUGCUUUGCGUAAUCAAUGAAUGCCGUCUUUGUCUAACUUGGGCUGAUGGAGACCUUGCUGACAUGGCCAUCGUUGAUGUGUGGUCUGCAUGACUCCUUUGCCGCGGCCGGUCUGCAUCAAGGUCGCCUGGUGGUAUAUUUGUAUCUUUGGACAGCGGAAGGCGUGGAAGUCUGAAAAACUAUAUCGGGUUGUCGCAUCUGAAAUUUCGAAUAUUGGAGUACUUUUUAAAAAGGGCAUGCGUGAAAAAAA